GAUGGCACACAGGAAAAGGUGGGCUUGAAGAGCUGCGUGCCAAUAAACGAGGCGCAUUGCCUGCUUGUCAGUUGAGGUAUUGAUCUCCGCCCCAAGAAUGUGCUGCAGGAGAUGGGACUUUAGUGUGUCAUUCUGCUCUCAACGUUUACUGUGCGCUGCAAGCUAUCCGCAUUAUCAAAAGAGAUUUUGGCUUUGAAUUCAAAUCGACUAGAAAAAGAUUGGUUCUCUUCUCCGCGACUGUGAAGAACAUCGCUUGCAACCAUAGGGCCACGCAUCAGCUUGCCGCUGAACACAUCAACCAGAAUGGCUGGAAAGGUGGGUACUCGGGGAUGUAAGAAAAUUCGCGGAGCUCAAAUCAGAGAUAUUCUCGAUUCAAAGCACAACGUCCUGUUUGAUUGCGAUGGGGUGAUUUGGAACGGUGAAACAGUCGUAGCCGGAGCGCCAGAGGUGGUGACUCUGCUUAAGCAACAGGGCAAACGCGUAUUUUUUGUCACCAAUAAUUGCACCAGGCCGAGGGAGAACUACGUACAGAAGUUUUCCAGACUGGGCUUCACUGAUGUCGUUGAGGAGGAGAUAUUUAGCUCUGCGUACUGCUCUGCAGCUUACUUGAGAGAUGUAGCUAAGGUCCAAGGCAAGGUGUUUGUCAUCGGUUGUCACGGAGUGCAGAAAGAGCUCCAAGACGCCGGGGUCCCCAUCGUGGAGGAUGUCAGUGACGGCCCUGAUGUCAGCAUCUACAACUUUCCCCUAGAGCCAGACGUAAAAGCAGUCCUCGUUGGAUACGACGAACGGUUUACUUUCAUGAAACUGGCUAAAGCCUGCUGCUACCUGAAGAAUAGCGACUGCCUCUUUCUGGCCACCGACCCUGACCCUUGGCAUCCACUCCGCGGGGGCAGAAUCACACCAGGUUCAGGGAGCCUCACGGCAGCCCUGGAGACAGCCAGCAGCCGCAAGGCCACGGUCAUUGGAAAGCCCAGCCGCUUCAUGUUCGAGUGCAUCGCCAGCCAAUUUGACCUGGACCCGGCGCGGUCGCUCAUGAUUGGCGACCGGCUGGAGACUGAUAUUCUCUUUGGGGCCAACUGUGGACUGGACACUAUGCUGACCCUCACCGGGGUCUCCACGAUGGAGGAGGCCCAGCAGUAUAGGGACAGCGAUGCUUCAGAGAAGAAGGACUUUGUGCCGGAUUACGUGGUGGAGACCAUCGGCGACUUCCUCCAAGCUCUGGAGGACUGAAGAGGGACCCUUAUGUAGCAGCCUGGACUGAACCUGAAAUGAGACUUUAACACCAGUAAACGACUGACCUGAGGUUGCGUUACUGAGCCAACAUUAAAAAAAAUGUCUAUCAGUGUAA